AUGUUGGGCGACCCGCUCCUUCCCUCCUUGGAAACCGGUGACAGGUUUGACAUUGUGGUUCAGGUGAUCUGUCAGGACUUGGCUGGCGUUUCAUUCCGCACCCUUUGGCAUUCUGAACUUUGUCGUUGUGCAGGCUCAACCGUGGGCUCCUUCGAGCAAGGGCAGGUUCUGACUUUGUAUGGUGUGCAAUAUCAGGGCCAGUAUGGGACAAGCCAUCACCUGAAGCUGCUUUCCGAUACAGUGGUCGUUCCUAAACCGGACAUGGUGGGGGAUUCUUUUCGCAACUUCAAGGAAGUCUGUGCAGGCAUAGGUGGGAUGACUGCAGGCUGCACUUUGCUGGGAGGCACCAGCCUUGCAGUCCUUGAGCGCUGCCCGCUUGCUUGUGCCACACUGCGCGAACGACAUGCUGCAGUGAUUGAAGGUGACAUUGCAGAUAAACAGGCGCGUCAGCAACUGCACUUGGUGCGUGCCACCGAGGGCUGCAUUCUUGGUGCAGGCCUUCCUGGCCCUGGGCUUCGCAGGGGUUUGGAGGGGGGGUUUUCCGUUCAGGGUUGCCCCUUGUUGUGUCAUGUGCUGCAAGCCGCCUGGCAUAUGCAAGCCAGUGGUGUCAUUCUUGAGUGUGAAUUGAACCUCCUUCACAACCAGCACAACGCGCUAUGGCUCCAACAGUUCAUGGCAAAGGCUGGCUUCAGCUCUGCCCAAGUAUCACUUGACCUUUCACAGCAGUGGUCAACACGUAGGGUUCGCUGGUGGCUGGUGCUGUUGCCGGCGCACUUGCCUGCUUUGCAACUGCCUGUCUGGCCCCAACUGCCUGAGCAACGGGUUGUCGGUGAUAUCAUUCCGGUGUGGCCCCAGUGGGCAGAUGACGUUGAGCAUGAUUUGCAAUGGGAUGAAAAGGAACGCGAGGCUUUCAGUGACCCCGACCUCGGCCCAACAUCUCGGGUUUUGGUGUCGACGCAGCCCUGCCCCACGGCCCUUCAUUCCUGGGGCAACGUGUUUCGGCCUUGUCCUUGCGGCUGCCGUCCACAAGCCUUUCCAAAGGAGGUUUUGCUCAGCAUUGGCCUAAGAGGUGUUGGUGUCCCAUCAGCCAAGGACGGCGCCAUCCGGCACUUGCAUCCACAGGAGGCAGGCCUGCUUAACGGACUUCUGCCCUGCCACCCUCUUCCUGCUGAGCCGAGAGCGGCCCUUUGUCUUGUCGGACAGCUGACCUCACCCAUGCAAGCGCUUUGGGUGCACGCGCAUAUCUGGGAUUGGGCCGCCGCCGUGUUUUCAGGGCCGCCCGGGCUGCCCUUGACAGCACUCGGGCGCUAUCAGACCCAGCUGCUUGAUGCCAGGCAAGACCACUGGACUACUCCGGCCAUUCUCCAAGGCGGUUUGAUUGCGUUGCAAAAAGGCGAGGACCAGACGCUGGUGCCGGUCAAGGGGCCUACGACAGCAGGUGAGCUGCUCCAGCAUGCCAAGGAGUCGUCUAUGCCAGGGCUUCGCUUUGCUCUUAAGCAGGAGGGACGUGCUCUCCCACAUACAGCCUGGCUGCACCCACAGCCCCACGGCCCUACUUAUCACCUCGAGGUGCAAUCUAAAAGAGCCCGACGCUCUGAAGGAUCCGAGGCACCUGUGCCAUCUGAUGUGGCCACACAGCCCAGCCCUAGACUGGCGGCUGACUUUAUCACACCACCCCGUCGUGCAGCCACAUCCCGUGGAAGCCCCCCGGCUUCAGUGGCACCCAUCCCGGCUGGCUUGCCUGAACUGACAGCAGGCACCUUGCCUCUUGCUACACAUCUUGCCUCCGCGAGCACUGUGGCCUGUUCGGACAUUGCGCUUUGGUGUGGAUUGUGGGAAACCGCCCAGGCUUGUGCCCGCACCUCUGUCUUCAUCCUGCCGCCCAAGAUUGCCACCACUUUGCUUGAGAUACCUGCUCGGGCUUUGGAGUCUCUGAAGCUCAACUCUACCCAGCUCCUGCCUGAGACCAUGCUGAUCCUGGCUCCUUUUGUGUCCCAGGGCCAUUGGACCCUGCUUGUGCUGAGCCCGUGCGCGGAAGGUAUGAGAGGUGAGGUCUUUGAUGGCAUCCCGCAGCGCAAUGCCUCACCAGCCCGCUGCCUAGCCACCAUCCUAUGCUCCCUGGCGGGCAAGGAACUUACCUCUCUCACUGAGACCACGAUCUGGCUGCAAACUGAUGAGUACAAUUGCGGCGCAAUUGCAUUGGCGCAUGCUGCUUACCGGCUUUCGGGUGCCGGCCUCUCGGAUCGGCUGGAUACCGUGCUGCAGUUCAUUGCCGAUUUCCCUCCGUUCCCUGCCACUCUCUUUGGGUACGGUGGCCUUGCACAGGACCAAGAACAGGCUUUGUUGCAACUCCUGGUUGCCAAAGGUGUGCCGCAGACCGCUGCGCCGUCUCGUCUCCAACAAGCGUUGGCGAAGAUCGGCUCUGGACCUCUGGCGGCGGCCCUCAGCCAUCGCAACCCAUGGCAGGCAUUGAAAGCAGCCGGCUCCAAGCCGGGCAUUUCUUUCAAAUGGGUGCAACCAGAUGAGCUUGAAGCACACAUCCUCAGUAGGGCGCAGGAGAAGUUUGGCACCACAGUGCCCCAGGCCAAAGCCAAAAAACAGAAGCCCGUCCGAAGGCCCGUCCAGGCCCCCAUCCAUGUCGAUCCACUCCAGUUGCAGUUGGCCCCGGGCAGCUUCACUUCGCAAUCUGGCAGCCCCCUCGGCCAGCUUAGCUUCCAGGAGGUACAGUCCCAAGCCACCGGGAUCUGCUUUGUCACAUUGGCCCAGGCUUCACCCUUUCUGCAGGAGUCGCGCAACCUCAGUGUGGAUGCCUUAGCCCUUGUGACAACGGCAGAGAUUGCGCCAGAGGACACAGGUAUCGCCCGAGUGACCUCACUCCGCUUUCCAGCCAUCUACGCCCCGACCCAGGAGGCGAUCCUGAUUGCAGGAUCUUUGGUUCAGCUCGGGGAUGAGGAUGCACAGUUAGCGGCCACGGACAUAGCCGAGGUUGAACAUUUAUCCACGGUUGUUUGCCGCCUGAGCCUAUAUCGUGACGAGUGCAAGCUUCCCUGGGAGCAGCUGGUUGAUGCGCCGAUCCGGGCUUUGUUGCAGAAGGUUCCAGAGUUUCAGGUGUGUCGCGAAAGGUCCUGUGACCAGAGCUGCCCAGCUUUCCACGCCGCCGUCGACGAGGUGGUGGAUCACUUGUUCUUGGAUGUUUGGGCCAGACAGUGGUGCCGACUGUCGGGCAGCAAGACUAAAGCCUCUGAAGCAGAUGUCUUCCAGGCCUUUGUUAGGGUGCCCUCCUCUGCUGUGCCCCACCUUUUCCGUGUUGCACUCCCUGGCCUAUACAUUGAGCCCCGUGCUGCUGAUGGGUCAGGGCCCCAUAGCGCCUGGGCGGUGGUCUGGCUCCCGGGCCAAACUUUGGCACAGGCCCUUCAUGCGCUCAGGACCAACGCCAAGGCAGUCGCGCUGACCAGGCUAGGCACCAAAUACGGUCUCCGGACUAAAGAAGCCGAUGAGCAGGCAGUCUUCGAGGCUCUACGGCCGCAGCAUCAGUUUGUUAAGGUCAGGAUCGUCGCCAGGUAUAGGCUUCAUCCCUUGCCGCACGGCUUUCAGAGACACAAUCUUGUGCAGCUUCUUAAGCAGUGGGGGUGGAGCUGCCGACCCCUUCAACCUGACAGAGGCGAUGCCACAGGCUGUGCCUGGUUAGUAGGUGCCUCAGGCGAGCCACCUGCACAAGCAAUGCCGAUCGGCACAAACUAUGUGCUCGUCACAAAAGUCCGGGAUGUUGGGCCCGCCCGAUCUCUUCCCUCAGCUAUCUGUGCCUCUAACCGCACCAAAAAAGCUCUGCUGAUUGAUGAUGACCAGGACGAGGCAAGCUCUGCGGAUCCCUGGACCGGUGGACGCGACCCCUGGUCCCAAUCACGUGCGACGUCCUCGGCACCCCCUGGGCAAGCCUCCUCUUCCUCUGAAGCCACCACAAAGCUGUCUCAGAUUGAGAUCGAUCUCAAGCAGAAUCUUCAACAGAUGCUGGAUCGCACUCUUGAAGCUCGGGAUGCAGCCGGCCCGCCGCCAGGCCUCAGCGAUCACGACAAACGCCUGCACUCUCUCGAGACGAGUGUCAAUGAACUGCGGCAUCAGGGCACCAAGUUUGAGAGCUGGUUCCAAUCCUUUGGCACUCAGGUAAAUGAUCAGGCACAGCAGCUGACUGCCUUGCAAGGCACCGUUCAGGAACAGCAAGUUGCGCUUGGUCGGGUACAAACCGAGGUGCAGCACACAGUGCAAACUGCAGUGGGAUCUCUACAGAGUGAGCUCACCCAUCAGAUGGCAGCGCAACUGGCCGGCCAAAUGGAGCAGAUCACUGAGCUCUUUGCGGCCAAGAAGGCAAGCCAUACCACUAGUUUUGAGACCUUUCGUUAUGGCGAAGCCGACCAUCCCGGUCCCUCGCCUGCUCCACCUUUCUCAAUCAGCACCAGCAAUCCCACCGGGCUUCGUGCCAAGGAACCCCACUUUAUGGCCUGGGGGCCGGGGAUACAUUGCUUUUCCGAGACCCAGCUCUCGGCAGUGACUUUGCCUGCCUGUCGGCAGCAGUUCCGAUUGUGUGCUCGGGAGGCCAAUCGCGAUGUUCGAGUGCUAUCUGGCGCUCCCGCACCUCUCCGUCUCAACAGCCAAUGGGCUGGCUCCUGGAGCGGGGUGCUCCAAGCCAGCGACUUACCCUGCCGCAGCCAAUCACUUUGCUGGCCCUCGGGCCUCUACGAGUCGGGCCGCGUCAUGUUGGCGCAGCAUUAUCAUGAAUCGACCCCUCUGUCGGUCGCAACAGUUUACGGUUAUCCGCAGGGCCCCACCUGGCCCAAUGCACGGCCCCAGACUGAUGCUCUCCUUAGCGUGCUCACUCGCGAAGUCGUGUUGGGCUCUCACGGUUUUCGGGUGAUAUGUGGUGAUUUCAACCAUGACCUUGACAGUCUUCAGCAGUGCGCUUUAUGGAGGGCACAGGGUUGGAUUGAGACCCAGGAUUUAGCCCUCCGCAGCUGGAACCAACAACCGGUGCCCACCUGCAAAAAUGCAACCCGCCGAGAUUUCUUGUGGCUCUCCCCGGAGGCAGCCUCACUUUGCACCAGUGUGACCCCUGUUGAGGUUUUUCAGGAACACACGACUGUUCUGGCCGGCUUCUCUUUCCCUAGCCAGGCCACGGUGCGCACUCUUUGGCCGCUCCCCGCGGAGAUGCCUUGGCAGGAUGUGCAACUGGAUGAUUGGCACCAAAACGGUGCGCACCGUCCGGUGACUGCGGCCACAUCUGAUCAGUGGUAUGCCCGCUUUGCGACUGCAGUUGAGCAAAGUCUGGAUGGUUUUGUGCCCGCCUUUCCCAAUGGAGAGGCCAGUCUACGACAUGAUGGUCUCGGCGCUGAAGUUCGGCGUUGGUUCCAACAGCUGCGCAGGCUUCAAUCACUGUGGCACGCAGCCAAAGCGGCGAACCCGGCCGCGUCUGCCCUCGAGUACCGCUUGGCCCUUUGGACUUCCAUACGACAGGCCCGGGGCUUUCGAAACGGCUUCCCAGACUGGUGGCUAACUCGGCCGGUCAAGCUGGUGGGCAGCCCGGCUUCCAUGCCAGACCUUGUGCCCGACGCUUCCGUCGCAAGACAGCUGUAUGAUGAUUUCCGCUGCAACUUUCGAAGGCUGGAAGAUUGGCACCUGCGCCGGCGCACUCAGGUUCUCGAUGCCAAGUACGAUAAGUCUCUUGCUCAGGUCUACAAGGACCUCCGUGACCCUGCCCCAGAGCAGGUCGACUCCUUGCAGGUGCGGCGUGAAUACGCCAUUUUGGCGGUCGCACCCCAUGGCAACCAGGUGCAUGUUGAAUACCCUCUCGAUUCCCGUGGUGUCUCCUCGUGGGCCAUUGAUGGUGAUCCUGUUCGGGUCAACUCUUGUGAUGAUGACGUUUGCACCUUGGCAGCCCCAGCACGCUCUGACUGCGCGGAGCUUGAGCAAGUACAGACGCUCUCCUCUGUCGCCGAUCUGUGUUCGGAAUUUAAGUCCCUUUGGGCACCCCGUUGGCAGCUGCACUCCACCAAAACCGCCUCUGACUGGGAUCGCUUCCUAAACUUCGUGCGGGCCUUCCUGCCCCGUCACCGCCUGGCACUGCCCGAGAUCUCUCCCGAUACUUGGAACCGAGCCGUGCGCCGCUUCAAACCACGGGCGGCACGCGGCCCGGAUGGCUGGGCCCGUUUGGAUCUGUUGAACUUGCCGCCACAGCGCACAUGUGAGUUGCUCCGCUUUCUGGCCGAAAUCGAGGCCUCAGAACGCGAAUGGCCAACGCAGUUGGUGGUCGGUUUCGUGUGCCUCCUCUGCAAAGGCAAUGGUCGCACCGAUGCCCAAGGUUUCCGUCCGAUCUGCCUCUAUAGUAUCAUCUACAGAACAUGGGCCGGCAUCCGAGCCCGCCAGCUUCUGGCCGCACUUCGCUCAUUGCUGCCUUCUGGACUGCUGGGCUUUAUCCCUGGCCAUGAAUCUGGUGAGUCGUUGGCCGGACUUUCAACGGACAUUCGCAAGUGCUUCAACCACCUGCCACGCGAGCCCUUACUGUCAAUGGCGGAGCAAGUUGGCUUUCCUUCUGGGCUUUUGGGUGCGUGGUUGCCCGCUGUCGCCGUGGCAAUGGUGCUAGCUGACUGGGCCUUUCAUGUUUACAUGGCGGCUUUUGCGGCACCUGCUAAAGCUUUGAGCUUUGUUGACAAUCUGAGUUGCCUUGCAAGCACACCAUCGCAGCUGGCACAUGCCUAUGGAGUGUUGACCUGCUUUACGGACAUGCUCUGCCUCCCGCUUGACACGGAAAAGACAUUCGCCUGGGCCAUUGAAGCUCGGGACCGUGUGGCGUUGCGACUUCUCGGUCACCCGGUGAUUGACGCUGCUCGGGAACUUGGUGGCAUCCAGUCCCGGGCCCCGGGUCAUCUCAAACUCUUGAUGCUGCCUGCCAAGAUGUGGGCUCGGGCCUUACAUGGCAUUGCGGGGUGCCCUCUCAGCGAGGCCCAACUCAACCAGCUUCGCUCAGCUGCCACGACGGCACUUCGCAUCCGACCGGGGGGCGUCAGCUCUCAGCUUCGCCUCAGCAUCGCCAGUCCUCCUACAGCCGACCCCGGGUUUUACCAGCUUUGGACAUGUGCAAGGGACCUACGCCGCAUGGCGCAGAAGCUUCCCAACUUCCUCGCUUCAUGGCGCCAAUACAUGAAUGCCCAUGAUGGCCGUGCACUGCAUGGCCCCUUCACCAAGCUGGUUGCUGUGCUCGGCCAAAUCAGUUGGAGUAUCGGUCAGCCUCCACUGGUGAUCGAUCAUGAGGGACUCAGCCACAACCUUGUUGCGAUGCCUAGCGCUCUCCUCUACCGCCUGCUAGUGCACGCUUGGCUCCAAUAUGUGGCCCGAUGCCAUACCCAUCGCAAGCAGAUGGCGGACUUGAACGGGCUCGAUCCAGCCCUUCUGCAGGCCGAUGCUAAACAACUGACCGCGCUUGACACUGCGCGGUAUGCCUCUGUCAGGGCCGGGGCCUUCCUCUUUGGGCACCAGCACUCCCAUUACGACCUCACCCAGACCGGCUGCUGCGAGAGUUGCGGGGUUCCCGAUACCGUUGAACAUCGCAUACGGUACUGUCCAGUUUACUCUCACAUUCGCCAGCCUUAUCAAUGGGCGGUUGAUCGCUGGGACUCUCUCCCGAAAGCACUCACGCACCAUUUACUGCCAUCGGCCAAUCCGUAUUUGCCAACAUUGCGGCGUUGCCUGCAUGAGCUUGCGGACACAACCGGGGUUUUCUUCUGUUCGGGGUUUGGUUUGGGUUGGCAGCACUUGUUUACUGACGGAGCUUGUCGGGGGCAUCUGCAUGGCGACUUCGCCCUUGCUGGUUGGGGGCUGGUCCAUGCGCGGCAGUCUACAGCGAUUGCCUGUGGCUUGUUGCCCGGUGUCUUGCAGACGGCUCCAAGGGCUGAACUAUGUGCGAUGACGUCGGCUGCGCGCUGGGCCUUACACACCGGGCUCCCUUGCGUGGUCUGGACUGAUGCCCAAAACGUGGCCACAGGCAUUGAACAACUGCAGGCCGGCAGGCCCCUUGACGACGAUGCGGACGCCGAUCUGUGGCAGGUUCUGGAUGGUCUUGUGGCUCAACUUGACCCCGCCAGGUUCAUGGUCCGGCACACUCCUUCGCACCUGGAUGCGCGGCUAACGGAAGCACCUUUCGAAGAUUGGCUGGCGGCUGGAAACGGUCAUGCAGACCUGCUGGCUGGCAUCGCCAAUAAUAACCGGCCACAGCGCAUGGUUGAGGCGUUCGAAGCUGCCUGUGCCUACCACAACGACCAACUUCAGCUGCUGCGCGCUCUUCGUUCUAUCUUCUUUGGCAUCGCAGACCGUGGCACCGUGCGCGGUACACAGGCCCUGGCGGCAGAUGAUGACAUGUGGGAGCCUACGGUUCCAACGCCAUGCUCGAGGCCAAGGAGUCUCGAGAUUGAGGAUAUGCUGCCUUUAAACUGGUGCUCCAGACUGGUCGAGGUUCGAUGUGGUCUCCCUCUUGACUUUGUCAAGGAGCUCUGUGUUUUUCUGUUUGAGCAGGAUGCAGCUUCUGAUGUGGCGUACGAACUGUCAUGGCUCGAGGUUGUCUUCGCCCUUCACUUGGAAGAUCGGGUGCAAUAUCCAGUCUGUGGAACGGAUGGUUUCUGG